GAGGCCAACUUCUCGCACUUCUUCGGGCUCUACCACGGCCUCCUCCAGACGGAGGACUACGCCACCCGGCGACAGGCCCUGAAGCUGCUCAGCUGGACGGAUUUUGUUGGACCGCGCCUUCAUGCGGGUGAUGAUCGAGUAUGACGAGCGGUACCUCCAGCUGCACAUGAACCUCCUGCGCGACUCCUCCAAAGCCAUCCGCAUGGAGGCGUUCCAGGUGUUCAAGAUCUUCGCGGCGAACCCGAACAAGCCUCGGCGCGUGCAGAUCAUCCUGCACCGCAACAGGGACGACCGGCUCGUGCAGCUGCUCGGCGCCCUGCGCCCGAAGGAGGACGACUCGCCCGUCGCCAGGUCCCAGGGCGGCGCCGUGUUCGAGCGCGACCUCGCCACGGUGGUCAAACUACUGGGCGCACUGGAACUGCCUUCCAAGGUGGUCUCACCGCAAGCCUCGGGCAAGCCCUGCUGAGGGCUAUGUGGAGAGGGAGGGUAAGGAAGAAGCGUGGGCAAUGGGGCCCUGAGAGUCUGCUUCCUUGCUGCUAUUUUUUGUUUUCCGGCCGUAUCAAUGGCGGCCGCGACGCCAGCUAUUGGCCCUGGCGGGUGAGAAUGACCACCGCCCGUUGGAUUUUGAGUUGCAGCUAGACUGAACUUUGUUUAUACCUAGUGUAUUCGCAUUCGCCGCCAAUAGCGGGUUCUGCUGCACUGCCUCAGUGGUCUUGGGCAUGAUAGCCCAUAGCGAUCGCACUUUUUCUACGUCGUGGCAUUGUUGACGUGGCUCUCUCCGGAGAUCUCCCCCCCUCUUCUGGACCUCUGCUCCUUCGCGCACGACAUUUGCUACCCUUCGCUCCCACUUGUCCUGGGCUUCACCUGCAAUGCGCGAUUUGUCGCUCGCGUUGCUCGCAUUCUGCAAUGCGCAGCAUGCGCGUCGCUCGAAUUCCGACUUGGGCAGUGUUGUUGUUGUUGAUCAGGAGUCGGCCACAGAGUGUCCAUUGCAUAUUGCGCAGUGAAUAGAAUUGUGGUCGCCCGUUGGUCCAUCUGGAGGAGCAGGAUGCUUCUGUCGAAAGUGGUGGAUUUUGGGGCGCGACCCCCCCGGCAGUGUCAGCCAGAGUUGCUGCGCAGUUCCGCCGACAUUCCCUUGGUGUCGCUCUGUCGUCUGGAAGAAGCAGCUUCAUGGCACUCUCGCCUUCGGUCUCUUUUUGUCUUCUCUGCUCCUUCCUGCUCGCGUUGGCUCCGUGGCCUCGACACCGAGAUGCUUUCCACCAGGGGCCCACUGCAGCAGACCGCCGAGAAGCUGCCGCGCGGACGGCCAUCGAGCGAGCGUGCCGCGUGCCGCCGCGAGACCUGCCGAGCCGUGCGCCGAGCGGCCAGAAGCGCUCCUGGAUCCCAGCAGG